AUGCCAUUAUUAAAAAGUGCUCAACGUCGUUUGAAUACUCAACGUGAAAUAAUCAAUCAUUUUUCUCAACUUCUACCUUCUUUUAAUGAUUUAUUUGAUGAACGUUCAUGGUAUAUUUUUUUUACGUGCUUAACUUUGUUUUCAUUUGUUAUUGCAUUUAUUCUCAGUCGAUGUAUUACAUUAGUUGACGUUGAUUAUGAUUAUAAGAAUCGAAAUCGGCGAACGGGUCGUUUUUCUGGAGUAAAACGAACUCGACUUUUAUAA